AUGGAGAAAAUGAUCAUGGCUGCAUCUCGCAUACUCGGGCUGGAUGACAGCACAGUUCUCCAGCAGUAUGGCGAGUACUUCAUAGACUUCUGCAUGGAAGCGGGCUACGACUCCAUCCUGCGAGCUCUCGGCGGCAACCUCCAGGACAUGCUGGACAACCUGGACUACAUGCACUACGGGUACCUCACCAUCACCUACACCGAGAUGAACGCACCGUCCUUCCAGGUGGAACGGCGGCAGGAUGGGGAGAUCCUCUUACACUACUACACCGAUAGAAAAGGAUACGCCGACAUGGUUAUAGGACAAGUGCGAGGCUGCGCCAAGAAGUUCUUCAAUACAGAGAUUGACAUGAAGAUAGUGAGUCAGAGGUAUGAGGAGGACAGGUCGGCAAAACGGGAGCACAUUGUCCUGUCCAUCAAGGAAACAGUGUGUAAAAGGGCCAAAGGACGGGGGAGAAAAAUUAAACGGAGAUUUACUAAUGAGACGAAUAGCACCGGAGAUGCCCGACUGCUCGCCAUGGACAGGUGGUCCUCUAUAAGAGAUGCCGUGAUGGACGGAUGUGUCCCCGAAACGUUUGAUGCUGUUUAUCCUGAGCAACUCUUGAUGGACAGCAAGACUUUUUGUGAAAUCUUACCCUUUCAUAUCAUGUUUGACGAAGAGCUCCAUGUCAAACAGCUCGGAACGGUCGUGCAGAAGUACCUUCCGGCUGUGAGAUUUCCCGGGGCACGGAUGGACUUCUUCUUUCACAUCCUUCAUCCAGAAAUCCCCUUCUACAUCGAGCAUAUUCGUACGUCUAUCAGCAGCCAGUUUAUAUUGGAGACCAGACGGGAGAAAAUGCCGUCUUCGUGGGGUGGUAGGCCAACUCUUAUCCUAAGAGGUCAAAUGAUCUGGUUGUCCCAACACCAGUGCAUGGUGUUCAUGUGUUCUCCCAAAGUGACCAGCCUGGCAGAACUGGAGGAGAUGAACAUGCAUUUAUCAGACAUAGCGCUACAUGACGUCCUCCGGGACUUUGUACUUCUGAAUCAACAGCGCCAAGCUGAGGCAGAGUUGUCCAAGCAGCUGGAGAUGAAGAAGGAGGAACUGCGGGGCAUGUCAGACGCGCUGAAGGCCAUGCAGAAGAAAACUGAGAAACUUCUGGAGACCAUGCUGCCCAGGCCUGUCGCAGAACAGCUGAGGGACGGGAAGAAGGUAGAAGCAGCUUCCUAUGACGAGGUGACGAUCCUGUUCAGCGAUGUGGUCACCUUUACAAACAUCUGCAGCGAAUGUAAGCCUACUCAGGUCGUUACUAUGCUGAACGAGAUGUACAUGAGGUUCGACAGGCUCACAACUGUGCACGAUGUGUACAAGGUUGAGACCAUUGGCGAUGCUUACAUGGUUACCGGAGGUCUGCCCAUUCCCACCCGCACACAUGCUGAAAGAGUGGUCAACAUGGGCUUAGCGAUGCACCUAGCGGUUGCCAACGUUAAGUCACCUGCAACUGGAAAAAUUCUUCAGAUUCGGGUAGGAAUCCACUCCGGCCCGACCGUGGCGGGAGUGGUUGGGGAGAAGAUGCCGAGGUACUGUCUGUUCGGGGACACCGUCAACACCGCGUCACGGAUGGAGAGUCAUGGGAUACCCGGCAAAGUGCACAUCAGCAUGAAAACCUACAAGUUGAUAAAAAGACGUGGGUUUGUCUGUGCGUCACGCGGCCCUACCGAGAUAAAGGGAAAGGGACUCAUGAACACCUACUUUGUGGAAUCCAGUGCCGCCACGGAUAAUCAACUACUGGGUCUGCCCACCGAUUCCACCGCAGAUGUAGCCCAGAUAGAAGAAGAACAUCUCCUGCGGAUGCACUAUACUGAUGAUAACGAUUACUGCUCGACUCAGAACUUCCCCAGUUCUGUUAUAAGCAACGGUGAGAAAAUGGGACAUCAGCAGACGCCGAUACACGGGCGGAUAAGGCGCAGCAUUCAGUCCAAACUGUGUACGAUUCUGUAG